GUUGACCUGGUGGCCAAUGAGACCACCACCACCGUCGCCGAGCUCGUUCGGAACGACUUCCUGCAGGUUCUCAAGGGGUUCCCCAGCGACCAGCUCUGGUACCAGUCGGUGCUGGAGGAAAACCUGGCUCCCGAGCACAUGCUGGCGGGUACCUCAAUAGCCCCAUGCCCGAUCUUCAAGGGGAUCGCCAAGGAGACGCUCAGCGCGGUCGAGCCAUGCGUGCUGCGACGGCUGUACUUCCCGGGAGAGCACCUCUUCGACGAGGGGGCCCCGAGCGAGGCGCUGUACAUGCUGAUCCGCGGCCGGGCCUCUGUGGAGAAGGCCGGCCGAGUGGUGCGCUACGAGACCCGCAAGCACGUGUCCGAGGGCGGCAGACGGCGCCGGAGCAUGCAGCAGUUGCAGACUGGCUCGGUGCUCCUGCGGCCGCCGCCGCAGCCGAUGCAGCUCGGGGAUCGUGCCCAGAGGGCGAAAGAGACCGAGAACGAGCCCGUAGUGUGCUUCGGGGAGGUCGAGGUGCUGGGGGCUCAGCAGAGCUACUCCUACACCGCCGUGGCGCAGUCCGUGUGUCACGUCCGGCUCGUGCACCGGCGGGUGCUGCUGCAGCUGCUGGCCCAACACGCCGACCUCCGCAAGGAGGUGCGGAGCAUGGGCCGCUCGCUGAAGCGGAGCGGCACCAUGAACCUCGGGUCCGAGCAGGAGCGGGUCGUCCUGUUGACCUCGUUGCUCCGGGAGGCUGAACUGCUCCGGAGCGCCCAGUGCAGCGACGCGUUCCUGCAGUACCUCGCCCAGAACCUCGAGUCCAAGGUCGCCAUGAUCUGGGUGUUCAUAGCGGGGCACGCCAUCUUCCAGGAGGACACCGUGGACGACCGCUCGAUGUACAUCAUCGGCUCGGGGCACGUGAGGGUGCUGCGGAAGGGCAGCGAGGCGUGGAAGAUGGGCCCCGGCGCCGUGAUCGGCGAGGCCCAGGCUCUCGGCCUGGUGCUGCGGCGCAGCGUGACGGUGAUCGCGGCGGAGACCUGCCUGGUGCAGGUCCUGCACCAGAGCGUGCUGGUUCGUGCCCUCGAGAUGUUCCCGGACCAGCGGGCCAAGGUGCUGGCCAUGAUCAGCGACCAGUGCAGGGCGGGGCUGCUGCGCCGCCCCGACGCCCCCGCGGCGGAGGGCGCUCCGCCGAUGGGGCCGGUCAAGACCGGGGCCAGCGUGGCGAGCCUGCCGGGCGGCCCCAUGGGGAACGUCAAGACAGGUUCCAACCCCGCCAUCUCCGCCAUGCAGGAGAUGAUGGAGAGAUCGUCCUUCCUGCGCGAGUUCCCCAGGUCGUUCCUCCUGGACCUCGCCGCCAGCGCGACGGACCGCAUCUUCCUGCCCGGGGAGAUAAUCAUCGAGGAGGGCAGCCGGAGCAGCUCGAUGUUCGUGAUCACCUCGGGCACGGCCGCGUGCUUCGUGCGCAGCAGGGGCGUUCCCCUGGCCCUCCACGAGGAGGAGGACCGCAUGCAGCAGACCUCCCACCUGGAGAUCAUCGCGAACUCGCCCCGGCCGAGCCUGGGCUGCCCCAGGCCGAGCGUGAAGCGGCCGAGCCUCCGCGCGCCGUCCCGGGGCGCCUCCGUCGGCAGCAAGCGCAGAUCAGGC